AUGCAGGUGCUCCAAGACCAUGCUGCAAAGAUAGUUGCGCUGGCUCCACAUCAGCCAUCUUCUGUGGCUUCCCGGGGUUUGCAGCAGCACAGCUAUGACCAGAUCUGGGAGAAGAUUUAUAGCAACAUCAACCUCUAUCAGACUGAGAAUACAAAGGAUGGUGAGCUCUCCACGGAACAAAGUGAAAAUGACUUAGCACCGAUAAGUCUCAGCCAACACCCUGACCGGCCCUUCAAGCAGAACAAAGAGACAGGGUACAGCUAUGCGAUGAUGCUGCGGUUGCUGGGCUUGGAUGGUGGCCCCCAGCCCAGUGACAGGAAUCCUGUCCUCACAAGAUGGGCCUACUUGUCCUUUCUGUAUCUGCGCCACCUGCGCAUCAGGGAACUCCAGCGCACCUGCUUAGGAAUUCUGAACUACUUCAGAUCUGUGGAGCGAACCCUGACAAUCAAUGCUUCGGGCCUUACCUCGGUUUCAGGGAACCUGGUCCCUACCAGGGAAGCGAGUUCCCGGGUAAAUAUAGCCGAAGGAGGCUUGGGCACCUCGCAUGGCCUGGGAUCUCACCACUAUGUCCAUGGGACACCUGCUGAGCGCUCGCUCAUGGAAAAUGUCCCCAGCAGCAGGCUGGAUCAACUCUUCACCAAUUGUGAAGACUUCUUAGCUUCAGCGGUCCACAGUGUCCAAUUCAUGGAGUUCUCAGAAGUGGAGAACCAGGAUGACUUCUACAGUGUAGGAGCGGGCUGUGUCCACACCCAGGACCAGCAAGGGGUGUAUGUCAUGUACCAGGAGGCCUUGCGCGAUCUCACGGAGCUGGAGGCGGAGCUGCUGCUCGUGGCCAGCCAUUACAUUGAGAAAGACAAGGGUCACAGAAAGGGCAGUGAGUCAAAAAGUGGCCAGGACAGGGGAUGGGCCCAUGCAGAUGUGGACAGAUUUGCCGUGUUGUGUGACAUGUGGACCUGGGAAGCAGCUCUUCUGGAAAACAAGCGGCAGCUUCUUGACAGCUACUUUGAAGCCUACCAGCACACACUGGACCCUGAGGAGAGGAGUGCUUUGGCACAAGUAAUGACGGACAUCAUGCACCGGCGCCCGAGGUUUGAUCUCAGCCACCCUUACUUUAUUAAGGCCUACCAGGAUGAGUGUGCCUGCCUGAGGCUUCACCUGCAGCUAGCAAGGGGCGUCCUCAACCAGCAAAUAGCGCGUCAGCGGGAGUAUUUCCAGAUGCUUUGGCGAGAUGAUCAUCUAGACAAUAGCAAUAAAUUUGGACUUCCCCUGAACAUAAUUUCCCAACAGCUUAUUUCCAUCAACAAUAGCUACCCAGCUUUGCAAAAUGUUUAUCUGCUGGAGUUCCACCCUUCCCUUGGCCUGGCAGCGCUCAUCCCCACAGCUCUGGAGCAUGUCCUGUGCGAGGCCCACCAUGCCUGCAGACCCACGUCAGCCAGUGGCCUCGCCGAGCUAGAGCGGCGUGUCCUAAGGCUCGCCCUCGACCUGUGGCUCACACCAUCUAAGCCCGAGGCUGCGUAUAGCACACAGCUCCAGAAAGACCUGUUCUCGGCUAAAGUGAUGGGCGAUCCCUUCCUCGUGGAGGAGAUAGGCCUGCUUGCGCUCAAGUCUGCAGCAGAGGAAGGACGGGCACGAGGGCAAGACUCUCAAGUGCUGCUGCUGGAGAUGUUUUCCAAACUUCUGGAGCUCUUGACCAUCCGCCACCGGCUCAUAGAACUGAGUCUGGAGAGUGCACACCUAGCUCGGCUCUAUAAGGAAUUGGCAUGGGAGAUGGGUUUUGAAGAGUUCCACUUGUACCUGAGGCCUGUUCACUUUGAAUUUGCAUCACACAGGGACAAGGUGGACCAAGCACCUCCUGUCUUUAUAACCUCUCUGCUGCAGGACAGCGGUCAGGUAGACAGGUAUUCUCCUCCCGCUCUUGCCUUAGCCAUCUCGGAGGUAGAUGAUAACCACGUCGGCAAAUUUAGUUUUUAUACAAAGGAAGCCAUCCUUCAGCUGCUGUUCCAUUCAGGAGUGGAGAAUAUGCAAGUGACCCUUGCAUGCCAAGCUGUUCAGAAAAAUGCCCUGAUGGUGGCUAUCCAGCAGGCCUACUUCUAUCUCACCCCUCCAGGGGGCCGUCCUGCUGGUGUCAAGGUCAGCAUGCACGAUAGGGAAGCAGAGUCAUGCCACCACCACUGCCGAUUAGAGCCAGCUGCCCCUCCUUUCCCCCUUCCCUUCCUCCCUUCUUUUUCCCCUUCCCCCUUUUUUCCUCUCUCCAUCCCUUUUUCUUUCUUCCUCUUUCCCAUCUCUUUAUAUUCCUUACUUUUUCUUCCUUCCCUUCUUAUUUGUGAAUCAAUGUAUAACUAA